AUGAAAGUAUUGGACAGAAGUGCAUUUAAAAAAACCAUUAAUGUUUAUUCUAUUGAAAUAAAACCAAAUCAAAUUAAUAAUUUAAAUAAGUGCUUGAAAAAUUAUUAUUUUAAAAAUCGACGUUGUAAAAUAACAGAAGAAAAAAUAAGUGACAAUGUAAAACUUUUUCUUAAUCCUGCCUUAAUAAAAAAUUUUGAUGACUUUAGUGAAAACACUAAAAUCGAACUUAAAAAUUUAGGAAUAACUAAAGAUAUGUUUAGCAAUGAAAUCAUAACUUUAGAUUAUGAUUAUUGGAAAUUAAACGAAGUAUUAAAAGCUAUAUUGCCUAAAGACGAGCCACCAUUAACAAGUUAUUCCAUUAUCGGCCAUAUCGUUCAUUUAAAUCUCAAAGACCAUUUAAUUGAUUACAAGUAUAUUAUUGCUGAAGUAUUGAAAGAUAAAGUUUCAGUUGCUAAAACUGUUGUUAAUAAAACAAACAAAAUUGAUAAUGUAUACAGAAAUUUUGAAAUGGAAGUUCUGUGUGGAGAACCAGAUUUUAUUGCCAGUGUUAUAGAAUAUGACACAAAAUUUGAAUUUGACUUUUCUAAAGUAUACUGGAAUCCCAGGCUUUCAACAGAACAUAAUAGAAUUGUUAAUUUAGUGAAUCAUGGAGAUGUUUUGUUUGAUGUAUUUGCUGGUGUCGGACCAUUUUCAAUCAGAGCAGCAAAAAAAAAUUGUUUAGUUCAUGCGAAUGAUUUAAAUCCGGAUUCUUUUAAAUGGUUAAAUCAUAAUAUUAAUUUAAAUAAAAAAGCCAAAGGCUGGAUAACUACUUACAAUAAAGAUGGAUCAGAUUUUAUACUAAAUGAUUUUAAAAGUAACAUGUUAAAAAUUUGGAGCGAUUCAAAUUUUCUCGGGCAAAUUCAUGUCGUCAUGAAUUUACCUGCCAAAGCUUUGAGUUUUUUAAAAUACUUCAAAGGGCUUUUCGAUGAACAGGAUUUAAAAGAAAUAAAAAAAGAUCAUUUAGAAAAACACCUUCCAAUAAUUUACUGUUAUUUUUUUGCAAAAAAAGAUGAAUCACUCGAUGAAAUUUUCAAAACACAUUUGGAAUAUAAAUUUGAUGAAAAUGAAUAUGAAUUUAAUUUUGUUAGAAAUGUUUCGAAUGGAAAAAAUAUGCACAGAGUGACAUUUCAAAUGCCACUAUCAAUAUUAAUGAUAGAUAAUUCUGAUAUAAGUGAACCUUUACCUAAAAGGAUUUCGAAAAGUCUUAAAGCGAAAACAAAAGCUAAAGAAUAUACUGGAAAUUUAAAAAAAAUUAAAGAAACACUUAACAAAAAUAUAAGUAAAAUUGAUAGUGAUUUUUUAAAAUUACAAAAUGAUAUAUCUAAAAAAAAGGAAAAGCCUGAUGAUAAAUAG